AUGAGAAAUUGAGGAAUGUGCCUUCAGAUGCGCUAUAACCUUGCGGCCCUUCUGCAACACACACAUUAUUACCAAGAAGAAGACCGAGAACAGACAUUAUUUUCUUCUGGUUUCAGGACCGCGGGUGUUUUCAUCAUGAGGGUGUAUUUGGUGGCGUUCACGUUGUGCCUCAGUGCUGUAUUUGCUGCUCCAACUUUGGACAAGCAGUUAGACGACCAUUGGGAGCAGUGGAAGAACUGGCACAGUAAAAAAUACCAUGAAAAGGAGGAGGGGUGGAGGCGAAUGGUCUGGGAGAAAAACUUGAGAAAGAUUGAACUGCACAAUCUUGAGCACUCCAUGGGCACACACACUUACAGACUCGGAAUGAACCACUUUGGUGAUAUGACUCCUGAGGAGUUCAGGCAGGUGAUGAAUGGCUACAAACACAAGAAGGAGAGACGAUUCAGAGGAUCUCUGUUCAUGGAGCCCAACUUUCUGGAGGUCCCAAACAAGUUGGACUGGAGAGAAAAGGGAUACGUGACUCCUGUGAAAGAUCAGGGUGAGUGUGGUUCUUGCUGGGCUUUCAGCACUACUGGAGCCAUGGAGGGGCAGAUGUUCAGGAAGACCGGAAAACUGGUGUCUCUGAGUGAGCAGAACCUGGUGGAAUGCUCCCGUCCUGAAGGCAACGAGGGCUGUAAUGGAGGUCUCAUGGACCAGGCCUUCCAGUACAUCAAGGACCAGAACGGUCUGGACUCGGAGGAGUCCUACCCCUAUUUGGGAACUGAUGAUCAGCCCUGCCAUUACGAUCCCAACAACAGCGCAGCUAAUGACACCGGAUUCGUUGACAUUCCCAGUGGAAAGGAACAUGCUCUGAUGAAAGCUAUAGCUGCUGUGGGGCCGGUGUCUGUGGCUAUUGACGCUGGACACGAGUCUUUCCAGUUCUACCAGUCAGGCAUCUACUAUGAGAAAGACUGCAGCAGCGAGGAGCUAGAUCAUGGCGUCCUUGCUGUUGGUUAUGGUUUUGAGGGUGAGGAUGUUGAUGGAAAGAAGUAUUGGAUAGUCAAGAACAGCUGGAGUGAGAACUGGGGUGAUGAAGGAUACAUCUACAUGGCCAAGGACCGACACAACCACUGUGGUAUUGCUACAGCAGCUAGCUACCCUCUCGUCUAAGGAAGAUACCUUCAGUAUCACGACAUGGUACCAGAAGGCCACAUUAGUGUCUCCAUGCCUGAGUGGUUCACUGAAACCCACUAGUGUAGUGAAAAAGGAGUCACCUGACACAUGUGACUGUGUGUCUCACAGCCUGAUUGAGACUGUGAGAGAGAAACCUCAAACUCUAGGUGUUGUGUGACACUGUUUUAGGGAAUUUUUGCAAAUGUUUUUAGUCAUUUUAAUGCCACUAAUUCAGUUGAUUUUUGCCUCAAUGUAAAUACGUGUUCUUCAGUGUAAGUCUAAAUGUACAAAU